AUGGCUGAUGAGGACGUCAGCCGUUUGGCGGAUGACUUCGCUGCCAAGGUGACCCUGCAUGCCCGGAAAGUCGAGGACACCGACUCUGAGGCGGUGGAGGAUGAAGAGAUGGCGGCCGUCGAAGGUUCCAUGAUCACAGGCAGCUGCAAGUGCGGUGGCUGUCGUUUUCAGUUCCCUGCGCGAAAGGUGCAGCCAAACGGGCCCUCAGGAAGGCUGGACAUGGCAAACUGCCAUUGCAGCCUCUGUCGCCGGGCACACGCAGCCGCUUUCGCCUCCUACGUCACUGUGCCCACGGCCGCCGUGGAAAGGCUGAAGGGUGGUGACUUGGUGCAUGCCCGCCGCGACCGCUGUAAGCACCUCAAUGCAGAUGUUCUGAGGAUCUUUUGCAGCAAGUGUUUUUCCUCCUUGGCGAUGCUACCGAAGGUCGGUAAGGAGGUUCACGUCUGUGCCGGUUCCCUUGAGGUAGAGAACCUGCCUCCCGUGCACAGUUUUCUGCCUUGGCACAAGGAAGAGGCACCCCCUUUUCUUGGCUUUGUGCCGGCGACGAAGAAGGAGAAGCAGAAGGCGAAGCAAGCCGUAGCGGCAAGAGGUGAAUUGAAAGUCCAGGGUGGUUGCAGCUGCGGAAGCUGCCGUUUCGUACUCACCAGGUUCCCAGAAGAGUUCCAACACUGCUACUGCAGCAGUUGCCGGAAGCUUUCGGGGGCCGCCUGGCAGACGUGGAUGCCCACGGAGGAGGGUCAGCUGAAAUGGACAUCCAAAGUUGGCCUGAAGAAGGUCCGGACGACAAGCCACGCCAGGAGGCACGUGUGCACGAAGUGCGGUGUGUUUUUGACCAUCGUGUACGAUGAAGACGAUGCGGUGUGGCCUUUGGCCGGAGCAUUGGACGACUGCUACACGAAGGAGGACUUGUGUCUCCGUGUCUCUGAUGUUUCGCACAUCUGUGUGAAAUACAAGCAGCCCUGGUGGACGCUGCCCAACGAUGGCCUACAGCGGAUCAAAGGUGCGAGCUGA